AGCGAUUGUAAUUCAUCCCGGAGCUGUCAACCGUGUCAAUUUGUUUUCGCUGCAUCCUUCCCCAAGACAGAUGACGAAAUGCGGAACAUAUUGAAUGAUUCCUGUCCACCACGAGAGGUUACCUGGAAUUCCAUUCCCCUCCAUGUUCCAGUCAUAGAUACUGGGCAACUCGUGGUGAUUUGUGCGAUCCAAUUCCGAUUUAAGCCCGGGGGGAGUAUGUUCGCGACCGACAGCGCGAAAGAGGAGCAGUUAUCCAACAAAGUCUUUUCCCUUUCCGAUCCCUAUCCUUAUUCCCAUCCAAAUCUAUCCCUCUCAUUCUAAAUGCAGUGUUUGGUGUAUGACGCAUCCGCAACCAGCACAGUAGCCCGACGCGAACGCAUACAAACAAAUACGUGCAUGAAGAAGAUUCCUACCAAUAUACCUUUCAUUCCAAAUCCAAACGUUUACCGUGUUAGACCGCCAAAAUAAAUACCGUGUUUAGAGAUUGUUCCAAUGUGUUUUAACUCUCCAGUGCAAGCCACAUCCAAUGGUCUUCCUUAAGUACCAUAUUCCGUGUAAUUUCGUGUAUAAACCUGAGCUAUCAUCCAGGCUUCCUUCAGCCGAAGGAACCCGCCAUUAUCCUCAAUGGUGUGAUCCACCACUACACUAGAAUACCCCCUCAAAUAAAAAGUAAAAGAAGUAAAGUAAAACACAAAAAAGAAAAAUAAGGAAUGAUGGGAAAUAAAAAGGUGAUAACAGAACAGUGAAGUGUACAGAGGGUUGAAUGUGAUCAAAGCACAUCACAGAAGAACAUUUAUCGGGACAAGACUAACAUAGUUAUCUCCGACGAAACUUUUGUUUGGAUUUUUCAUUAUCCCAGCGGCUUCGUUUCUCUCUGGUCAGCUUUGUCUUAAGACCUGUUGAACACUAUCACAUUGUAAUUGACAGUCUUAGCUCUGCGAUAAUUAUCAUCGAUGUCGAAACGCUUUCAAUGAAUAUCAAUCUGUAGUGCUCCAGAAUACCAUCACUAGUUGGCAGUUCGAGACGUGGUUUAAAAUCUCCACUUGGGGUCGGGACAUUUUCGUACUUUUCACUUUCAAUCACUGUUCGUUAGACGCGCUUAUUUUUCACAAGGGUUAAUCCAAGGGUUUUAGAGAUUUACCUAAUGUUAUAUUAGCAGAUGUGUUCACAUGUAUCUUGAAAUCUGUCGAUUCUUCCGUUUACCAUGGCUCGAAAUUACUGAGCCACUCAUAGUUGAAGUAUUAUAUUCACCAUAAUUUAUGCAUUCACUUUGAUAUUGACAUCAGGCGUCCUUUUUAAAACAAUAACACAAUAAUAACAUUAUUUCGCUGCAAACUAUAAGUAACGUAGUCUACAAACGAAAUUCUGUGUACGCAUAAUCACUUUUGCGACAGGAUAUUUUCGUCUUACGUCGAUUUUACAAUCAUGUAGUAUUUACUACUCAAUCUUUUUUACACAAUACACUUACAUUCCAGCAAACUUUAUUCGGAACAGUAGGAACAUGAUGUGUUUCCGUAUCAACCCGAUAGGUGAUGAUGUCAACACAGUCUUAUCAUUCUUCCAUUUUACAAUUCAGCUUCCAGAGAUCUAGUACAAUCACUCAAUUUAAAACAUCGCGUAGGUACUUUAAUCUAUCUUGAUCAUACAACUCGACAAUGAAGGAAACACAUUUUUAUUCAUAUCUCCAGGAGACAAUCCAACGCACACGACUUGAUACGAACACUGUUCCAAUUAGAAUGACAUUAAUUAACUUUUUCAUUUCACUGGAAGUCGCCCAAGUGAACCUGCUGGCCAGUGACUAAACUGUGUCUGUGGAUUUCCACUCUUUCCCAUUUGCAGAACGAUAACAUUAGGAGAAUCGAAUUAUUCCACCCGCUCUGAAGAUUCCCACAUGCCGGCGUCGACAGUAUACUAACAGAACGUAAAUAAAUGCCAUAUUGUGCAGCUACGGGUGCGGGCGUUUGACUGGAGAAAACAAGUUUUCCGUCACACUCUAGCAUUAUCGUAGCAGCGAACCGCGUCGUUAUGCUUCUCUGGUCACCAUGGUAAUAGACUAAAAACACAAAGAAUUUACUAUGCUCACGAUCGGAAGAAGUACAAAUAUGCCAGACAUUCAUUGUAGAAUUCAAAAUCCAGGGCAUCCAAACAUCAAGCUUGUAAAGUGCAUCUAUGUUCCAACUAUUGUCAAUGGUGCAGUAUUCUGUUUGCACAAUGAACUUGUAAGAAUGACGGCCGACCUGGCAUCAGAAGUCGUGUCAAUUUGUAGGGCGCGUAUAUUACGUUACCUUCUAGCGGAAAUGAACAGUUAUAUGAAACUAGCCAAGCGUAGCACAAGGGUCAGCAUGGCUAAGUGACUGCAGGGCAUGUUUAUGAACAACAGCACAGGUGAAGCUUAAUAUAUGAAAAGGGUUUUAAAACACAGAGUAGCUAAACUUCUGAGCGAUUAGAAGCACUCUGACUAACCAUUUCCACUCGACAUCAUUUUGGCACGAUUCCCCGGAAAUGAAAUUUGCGAUCAGUUUCCAUAGCAACGUGUUGUAGUUGUUUGAUUAUUGAAUUUUCCGCAGUAUGGCUCUAAAAUACGCAACAAUCGUUAAAACCUAUUGGAUAAAGGUACAUGAUUUCCGUUCAGCAUGUUUCGUUGGAAAGGAAGCAUUGGCGAUGGGAAUGGGAACCCAUAUUUUGCUGUUGGAUGUUGCUACAAGGAAAGAAAGCUUUUACCGGGCAACAGAUCAUGCAAACGGCCAAGGCGUAGCUUGUCUUACGGGUCACAAAAGCUUUAGCAUAUAUGCAUUCGCGGAGAGUUGUGCUCGUCCAAGAAUUUUCAUCGUAGCCUAUCCCGAAAAUGCGAUUUUGUUCGUGUUGGACUCAGAUAACAAAGCAUCCAGAUAUGUAUCACUUUGCUUUUCGGAAAAUGAAUACCUCGUAGCAUUAACCGGGAUACCGGAUUAUAGCCUUGAGCUUCACGUGUGGAGAAACAAGGAAUUGCUGAUCAAGCGAAGAACCAGCAUUCACACCGAUAAACAGCGAAUCAUUUGUAGCCCAUCGUCGCCUCUAACUGUGUGUCAACUAGCUUACAACAAAGCUCAGGUAACACUGUGGGAAAUCUAUGGAAAUGUUAAGAUCUGUCGUUUGAUAGAAAAAGAUGUGAAACUACCAUUUGGCAAAAUAGACGCUCCGCUGGAUGUCUGUUUCGCGAUUGAUGGCACACUAUUAAUCAUAAAUAAACAAGGAUGUGUGUAUAGCUUCUCAACCGCAGGUCAAUUGAACCAAAUAAUAAAACCAUCAGAGACACCAUCAUCACAUCCCUCAUACAUUUUCUUCUGCAAAGGAGGAAUUUUCAUAAGCGAAUCCAGUGGAUGUGUUAGCUUCUUCAAGCGCCAGAAAGGCAUCUGGAAUCAACUGUGGACCACUAAUCCGCCAGAAACAUAUUCGCUUCUGUUGUAUUAUUCUGCCAGCGAGGGAUUAUAUGGAAUGACCGUGGAUGGAAAUUUCAUACGAACAGUUAUCGACAAUGACCUAAAGAAUAUCGAACAUGUACCUGUUAAAGAAUUCGGAUGUCGUUUCACAGAUUUUAUCAUUUUAAAUCCGCUGGGAGAAGUAAUGGCCGGUACAAAUAUGUAUGAUAAAAUUAUUUUUAUCGAAAUGAAAUCUGGAAUCAGAGUAGCAGAGUAUGCAAUCGACAAUAUGAGUUGUAUUCAGGAGAAUCCUAUGUACCCGUUCAUAGCUAUAGGGACGAGCAAUGGAUUAGUUCAACUAUUAUCUUUUUAUCGUUCAAACGAUCCUCUUCUACUGACGGACUUUCAUUUAAGUCAUGGAGUUAUAUUAAGCAUACAAUUUUCCGAACAUGGUGCACAUAUGGCGGUAUUCGACAAGGACAAAAACAUAUUCCUAAUUCAAGGACUUCCUGGCGGCGUGAUGGAGGUUGUCUACCAUUUAGAAACAACGACACUUUUGUUUCAACCAACAUUUAGUGUUUUCGAAAAUGAUAUACAGAUUUUUAGCUUGCAACAAGACAGCGAUACACAUUCAUCAAGUAAAAUAUACCAACUCACCAUUUCAUUGACAACUGGGAAUUCCGAGACUAUGUUGUUAGAUUUACCUAGGAAAUACACUCAAUUGGAACGGAAACAAAAUACCAAUUCUAAAUAUUAUGCUGUCCGUUAUCUAUCCAAUGAGAUCGAUAUAAUUGAGCUUAUCAAGAACCAGAAUAAUGAUGUUAAUAUCAAAAUUGAUUUGACCAUCAAAGUCAAGCAUCAGGUGCCCUAUUUUCAAAUUUAUGCCGACAAGUUUCAUUUGAUAACCUGGGGAAUGGAUGGACUGACCACUAUCUAUGAUGUCAAAUCAGAUAAAUUGGUUGCAUUUUUUGUCGCCCAGGACCGAAACGGUCUGGGAGUAAAACGGGCGCGGUGCGAUCCGUUACAUCAAUACGUUUUGACACUCGGCCAAACAGGAUGCCUGAUAUGUAACAAAAUUCAUCGCAGUUCUGCUUCGGCUCAGCAUUACAACGACCUGAAGCUCAAUCUGGAAACUGACGAUGUUAUGUCCAUGUUUCGUAACCCUACGAAAGGAUUUAGCCCAAAUGGACUUGGAUUUACGCGAUGGAUCGAUGUAGAGAAAAUCAACAGAUUAGAGAGCGAAAAGAUGGAAUAUGGAUCUCAAAAGAUAUUAAUUUUGGAUGAAUUUGGCGUUGUAAAAAAGCAUCUCAAACUGCUCCUUGAUGCUAACGAGAUAAAGGGCGAGGAAGAAAGACUACCAAUCCAAGCAUUUAAUAUAAACGAAACGAGCACAGAAAAACUCAAAGUGGCGGGUCAAAUUGAAAGAGAAGCUGAGCACCAAAACCUAAUGAAUUACGUAACCAGCCAGGAAAAAAUCAACGAAACAAUUAUCAAAACGUGUUGGAGUUUAAUGGAACGCAAACCGGUGAAAGUUAGGUCAAUAUUUACAAAACUUGCUGUUGAAAAUUAUUCUUCGCUGCCAAGAGAAAGAGACGCAUACUUUCUACAGAAGAUGACGGUUUAUCGUGAAACAGAGUUAAUGGCAAGUCACGAUGCUCUACUCCCUUGGAAGCCUACACCCACUUAUCAGUUAGAAUCAAUUCUUAAUCGUGAUCCAGACUAUGGAAACGUGAUUGACGUGUUGUCACGUGCGGCGGAAAAGAAACAUUAUACUCUCACCGGUACGACAACACAUUUGUACGUGAGCCCGAUGCCCCUACGAUUCGAACAGCUGGAGGUGGUCAGUUUUGAACAGCUAUACUUUGAGAAAGCGUAUGGAAACAUUGAAAUGUUGAAAUUACGCGAUCUCUUUAACAAAAAGUUCGAUAUACUGAAAACGUUGAAGGAUAAUGAAAUGGAUGUUGUUUUGAAACGUAACAACCGGCUGCGUGUUAUACAUCAGGAGAUUGAAACGAUGUCAAAAUUAUUGGAAACCGAAAAUUCCAAGGCGGAAUUGAUAAUCGAUCCACAAUUCCAACCCGAUGAGGUCCCCGAUAUUAUAGUGAACACGAAAGACAGUGAAAUUUCAGUCGCUCCAUAUUUAACUCCCAGUAUGAAGGAAGCAUUGGCACAGGAAAAAGCGGAACGAGACCGAAAACAGCGCGAACUCAUGGCGGAUGACUUCAAAGAACGUGCCCUCAUGACAAUGAUGGACGGAGUGUUGGAACACCGCUGGGAAGAUGAAAUAAAAAAGACUCCACCCACCCCACAUUGUUUGGAAACUGGAAAAGAUCCACAAUACUACAAUGAAACGGAUAUCCGUGAGGUGAAGGCAUUCGAAGAACAGCUCGAUUUCCUAUACAACGAACGAAUGCGAUACAAGAAACUUCUGGAGGAAGAAAAAUUUCAAAUCAUACAAAGCCUAGACGAGCAGAUCAGCAUGUUCAACACUAAAGUGGGCGAAUACCUACUGGAGAAGAUUCACAUAGAAAGUGCCAUAAGAGAAGAAGAAAUGCGAAUCCUGAGGAACACUCAUUAUAAUUACCGGAGGUUGUUAUACGACCGAAAAGCCGAUUUUCUGAGGGAAACAAUCGAAAAAUCCAACAGGCAUAUUAAUGAAUUGACAGAAAUUAUGUGUGAACUUCAGGAUAAAGUCAACGACUAUAAGAACACAUACGAAACUGUGAAGACUAAAGAUCGCAUGUUGGAUAAGCAAUUUAAAAUUAACUUUUCGGAUACAGCACAAUCGGCGAUUAUUGAUCAGGCUUACAAGAUUUUCAAGAAGCGUCCAAAAGCGCAGUUGCGAGCGGUGGUCACUUUGUCCGUGUAUCAGGACAUGGCUAAACGAAUCAUGGCGAAGAAAAUCUCCCAGCAGAGUAAUAUUCUCUUGCCGCAGGAAUGCGUGGACUAUCUUUUGACAUGUGAUAGUUUGGACCAACCAUCAAACUGUCCCGCUGGAAUGGACAACAAUAUGUGGCAAACGUUGUGUAAAAUGAGACGUAUCAAAAUCGAGAGUGAAUUUAGACUGAAAUAUUGUGAAAUACAACUGGCAGAUUCAGAAGCAGCUCUUAAUGCUUUCCAGAAAGAGAUUUCUUCCCAGAAAAAUGCUUUAUUAGCACUUGAAACUAAACUGCAAGAUCUUCUCCAUAAUAAGUACGACGACUCUACCAAUCGAGAUGUGCAAAUCAUUAUCAAACGUGGUUUAAUUGAAGUAAGCAUGUCCGGAAAAACUAGUGACUUCCUCAACUGUAUUCUAAUACAUCGCACAGACGUUGACGACAUAAAUGUCGUAAUAAAGCGAGCGGGCGAGAAAAAGCUUAAGUCAAUGAUAAAUGCGGCUAUAUUUAGGCGUAAAAUUAUUGCCCAGGAAUGGGAACACAAAACGUUAAAGCUUGAAAUAAGGGACCUGAAGGACCACGUAAAAAUGAUUGAAAAAUGUAAAAUUACUAAGGAAGUACAAGAUUGGUUGAAGAACAAAGAAAUGGGAAUAGUCGCCGAUUUGGGACAAUUGGCACUUGAAAAAGAGAUUGAAAACACGAUUUACGCACAGGAAAAAAUGUUACUUGAAGUUAAGAAAACUGUCGAAGAGCUAGAGGACACUAUAAACAUCAAGAGGAAAGAAAAUAAAUUAUUGGACAAACAAACUCAGGAACUGAACAUCGAUGUCACAGAGCAACAUCUGCUGAAAGAUUCAGAAUUAGAGGAAAAUGAACAGCGAGCAGCUCAAACUAGAAUGGCGGCGAUUGUUGAUCGCGCACGUUUCGUUCGUCUGGUACAAACUCAUCAUUCGCAAAUAUUGGAACUCGGGACAAUUCUAGAAUUGCAACGUUUGAAAACAUAUCCAACACUAACAGCACCUUCAACAAUGUCAGAAACCAUUGGCAGACAUUUGAAGUAAUGAUUGAUGCCUAAUUAACUACUAUAUCAUAUUCCAACACAUUUCUUAUCAACCAAGAUGAAAUUAACUGGUCUUUCAUUAAGGAUGUGUGAACUUUUUUCUCAAUAAA